GUUUUUCACGUGGACUGACUCCGCGUAACAGAGAAAAAAGAACAAAACUGGAAGUGAAACAGUUAGAAGAAAUAUCGAUCGGGUAAAUGAAUUAACCUAUAGAUUCAGGCUGAGAUACAAUUCCUACGCCGCACCACAUCACAAUUGGUAUGAUACAUACAAUACAAUACAAUAUUGAUCGAAAAGAUAAACCACUUUUCAAUUACAUCACGCACGAGUCAACGUAUAAUUCAUGUUUUCAAUUCAUAUAAGUAGUAUAAUUUCAUCAAUUCAUAUUUUUCUUAUAAAAUUAGUAAUUCACCGCCGAUACGUUUCGAUAAUUCCUAAUCAUUCCACACCGCUCCGAUCAGAUGGACUCUCCAUCAGGUGGCCGUCCUAAAUUGCCGGCGAAGCGAGGUGACGUCGCCGGAGAGAACCACAUGCCGCAGCUUAAGAAUCAAAUCAAGAACAAAAUUGAAGAGGCUGAACAACACAUGUCCAACAAUAAGAGGAAGAAGAUCGUCGUCACCGAUCUAAGUAACGGAUCAGUCUCGGAGCUGAAUCGAAACUCGACGAGAAAGAAGAAGAAACCGAUUGAUCAAGAGAAGGAAGGUGAUUGUGGCAAGGGAUUAAUUGAUGUGUAUAAGGUCAACAAAGCCAAAAAUGGAGUUAAAGAUACCAAAAAACAGGCUUAUCAGGGUUUAUCCAGCAAAACCAAGGAGAGUGGAAGUUUGAUGUGUCAUCAGUGCCAACGGAAUGAUAAGAGUGGCGUCAUCUUUUGCUCGAGUUGCAACAGAAAGCGCUAUUGUUACGAGUGCAUUGAGAACUGGUACCCGGGAAAAACCCGAGAGGACUUCAAGAAUGCAUGUCCGUUUUGUUGGGGCAACUGCAACUGCAAAGCUUGCUUGCGGGAGUUUCCUGUGCUAAUGGAAAGGGAAGUAAAUGCCAGUGUCAAAUUACCGCGGCUGUUGUACUUGCUAUCUAAAGCUCUUCCAGUUCUGAGGCAUAUCCACAGGGAGCAGAGCUUCGAACUAGAGACUGAAAUCAAAAUAAGAGGUAAGCAACUGCAAGAAGUUGACAUAACAAGAACAAAGCUAGAUGAAAGUGAGCGCUUGUACUGUGACAAUUGCAGUACAUCCAUAUAUGGAUUUUACCGUAGCUGCCCCAACACAAGUUGCUCUUAUGAUCUCUGUCUUGUUUGCUGUCAAGAGCUCAGAGAGGGUUACCAACCUGGCGGCAUGGAGGCUGGAACAUCUCAUGAAAAAUUUGAAGAGAUUUUUCACAAUCACAAUUCAACAAAAAAUCAGAGUAAAACACGUCGUAAAAGAUAUGACUGGGAAAGCGAACUUGCACCUACUAGUGUUCCUUCUCAGGCUGACAUGUUCUCUCCCUUCCCAGAAUGGAAAGCUAAUUGUGAUGGUAACAUUCCAUGUCCUCCAAAGCAGCGUGGAGGUUGUGGUACUGCAUUGCUAGAACUGAGACGCAUUUACAAAGCUAAUUGGGUAGCAAAACUGCUAAAUAAUGCUGAGGAUCUCACUAGAAAUUACACGCCUCUGGAUGUGGAUAUUACUGAAAAGUGUUCUUUAUGUCAGCUAAAUUUGUUUGAAGGAAAAAUCAACCCUGACGUCAGGAGGGCAUCAUUCCGGAAUGACAGUAAAGAUAACUUCUUAUAUAGUCCAAAUGCCCUUGACAUUUCUGAUGAUGAGAUCGAGCACUUCCAGAGGCACUGGAUGAGGGGUGAACCUGUGAUUGUGAGAAAUGUUCUGGCCAAAACAUCAGGUCUUAGUUGGGAACCAAUGGUUAUGUGGAGGGCCCUCAGAGAAACAGGUUCCAAAGCGAAGUUCAAAGAGGAAACACAAAGUGUUAAGGCUGUAGAUUGCUUGGAUUGGUGUGGGGUUGAAAUAAAUAUACACCAAUUUUUCAAAGGCUACGUAGAAGGCCGAAUGCAUAUAAAUAAGUGGCCAGAAAUGUUGAAAUUGAAAGAUUGGCCUUCAUCGACCUCAUUUGAAGAGCGCUUGCCUAGGCAUGGUGCUGAAUUCCUUGCUGCACUUCCCUAUAUGGACUACACUGAUCCAAAAUCAGGUCUUUUAAAUUUUGCCAGUAAACUUCCUGCUGGCUCGUUGAAACCAGAUUUGGGACCCAAAACAUAUAUUGCUUAUGGAUUUUCUGAAGAGCUUGGCCGAGGAGAUUCUGUGACAAAACUGCACUGCGAUGUGUCUGAUGCGGUGAAUGUGUUGACACACACAAACAAGGUGAAUAUAGCUCCCUGGCAGAGAGAAAACAUAAAUAAAUUGAAGAAGGAAUAUGGUAAAGAAGACUAUUUGGAACUCUAUCGUGAAGCUUUAGAUAAUGUUGAUGUAAAAUCCAAAUCUAAAGCAUUGGACCAUGAUCAAAAGGCAGAGAAUGGAGUUAACCGGAUUUUACCAAGUAGCCAAGUAGAAAAGUGUAUUUCAUCAAUAUCCGAAGACUUGAGUGGCAAGGUAGAAACACAGAACACAGAACAAUGUGAUGAUAACGGAAAGGGCUCUUGCACCUAUAGAAAUGUUGCUGUAAGGAACUCCUCUGAGGAUGAUAGUGUUAGCAUAACAUCAUCCGCUGAAGUUUCGGAUUAUUCUAGGACUUCUGACCUGGAGCAGCUUCAAUCUGCAACCAGCUUAGCAUCAAGUAAUGCAAACAUAAAGAAAGACAGAGUGAAGAUUGAUUUUUCAGAUGGUAAUGUGUCUGGUGAUCCCAAGAUUGAAUCAAAACAAGGCAUGGGGAGAGAUUCUUUGGACAUUGAUAAUGGAGCUGCGGCUGUCCUUGGUGGUGCUGUUUGGGACAUCUUCCGCCGGCAAGAUGUCCCAAAAAUAAUUGAGUACUUAAGAAAGCACAAGAAGGAAUUUCGCCACAUCAACAACAAACCUGUUGAUUCAGUUAUACAUCCCAUUCAUGAUCAGACUAUAUUCUUAAAUGAGAGACAUAAGAAACAGCUAAAAAGAGAAUUUAAAGUUGAACCAUGGACUUUUGAGCAACACCUUGGUGAGGCUGUUUUCAUUCCAGCAGGAUGUCCUCAUCAAGUGAGAAACAGACAGUCUUGUAUGAAGGUUGCACUUGACUUUGUUUCUCCUGAAAAUGUUGGAGAAUGUUUACGACUGACUGAAGAGUUUCGUUUACUCCCGAAGAACCACAGGGCCAAGGAGGACAAAUUGGAGGUUAAAAAGAUGACCCUUUAUGCUGUGAGUAAUGCUGUUAGACAAGUUAAAGAACUGGUUGAUAGCCAAUGAUGGUUCGAUCCUAAUUUUUUGCAAAUUUAGGGAAUAAGAUUGAGUAUAGAAGACCCUUUUUUUUUUUACCAUAAGGACCGAUAUGUUAUUAUCUAGUAAAGGAUGGAUAUUUAUUUGAUUAUUACCAUUUAAAAAAAUUGAUGAGUACGAUUUUUCAAA